UCAUCCGUACAUUCACGCGUUAGUAGACUCGAUAUUAUUCGCGUCUAUCCGUUCUUUCUAUUUGAUUCCGUUCUCACCAUUUAUCCGCCGUUUCUCGCACCUAUUUCUUCGUUCUAAUCUCUCAUUAAUACUUAUUCGUUCUAAUCUCUCGCUUUCUAUUUAUACAUACCGAAUAUUUCACAAUGCUAAUACCGGUUACUUCGGUAAUAUCGAUUAUCGUUUGUAGGAGUAACGAUAUUUAACGUUAUAUUUUACAUUUUAUAACGUUACCUUAAAUAAAAUAUUUUCUUAACGAAAAUUGAAAAUAACGUAAUGAUCGUUCGCGCGUUAUUAACAUCUAUCGAUAAAGGAAAGUGACUAGUUUCCCUGCAGUCGUGUUAGUAACGUUUUAUUAUGAAUGCAAAACAGAUUUGAAAUCGUGGAGAACAUUUUUACAAUACUUAACGAGGAGUCCAGAAACGUUCAAACUUUAUUUAGAAAAUUUUCAUUUCACGCAGAUGUUUUGCCACAAAUUGUUACUCUUGCGUGUCACACGUUAACAGCACUUAACAUUUACCACGAGCUCCAUUGAAUCUUGUUUCGAUCAAGUGUCCCUAUAUAUAUCUAUCUAUGUAUACGUUCUUUUCACUUUCAAAUCGAACUUCUUUCAAAAUGAAGCAUAGUUCGUGAAACGUCGUAUAAAUCGACGACUUCGCCACUAGAAGUUUAAUAAGAAGACAAUUUUAGUCUUAGAUAUCAAAGAUGUCUUACGUUAGCUAGCAGCCUGUUUACAAAACAACUCCUUCUUCGUCGCUAGAUCUAAUUCUCUCCAUUUACGCCAUCGUUCAAGGAUGUUGAAAAUCCUUCAGAAAAUUGUGAUUGUACCAGUCAUGUCACCAUCCACGAACAAAAAAAUACACGUUCGCUAGAUCGCGAGAAAAUAGAGCAGCAGAAAGUACAGUGUAAAAUAUUCCACCGUGGAAGAUCGUUCAAUUUUUUAUUACUUGGUGUCGUUGAUAAAUGCGAACUGUGCCAGUUCUCGACGCUGGAUUGUGUAGGAUCGACCGAAAAUCUUAGUACAAAAACCCAAUACAGUUAACCUUUCUCUCAGAUGUAUGGUCGAGAGUGAAAGCGUAAGCAUCGUUCGCGUUGCUCGGAAUUACAUUUUUCGUGCGUUUGGUCGCGAACGCGUUGCACCAGCAACACGUUAUCGAUCGUCGAGAUGUCAUCGCCGAUCCAGAUUUUCGUCAUAUUCAUCUCCUUGUUUUGUGCAUCAUCGAUAAGUGCAGACUUUGAGGACUAUUUCAAGAAUUGUCAUCCAAAUGUGCCAGGAUUCGAUGGAUGCAUACGAGAAGCGUUAAACGCGGUUCGACCUUACUUCAAAACUGGCCUUCCCCAAUACAAUGUAGUCACCUUUGAUCCACUUUUCGCCAAAGAAGUAUCAGCGUCACGCGGAAAUGCCAAAUUAGGCUUUACCUUAACGCUAAGGAACGUUACCGAGAGUGGAUGGACUAACAGUAAAGUGACGAAAUUCGUCAGUGACAUACCGAAUUACAAGAUAGUGUACACUCAGAGUUUCCCAGCAAAAUUCCUGUCAGGUUGGUAUGAGUUUAAAGGGACAGCACUAGGCUCCAGUAUAAACAAUAAGGGAAAAUUCACGUUGGAUCUUUAUGAUUACUUUCAAACGACCGUCGUUACCAGAAAACCAGGACAAAAGAUUCGAGUCGAUGUGGAUGUACAACAGAUCGGGGAUUUGAAGCUUCAUAUCACAAAUUUGCUAUCCGGUCAUAAAGUACUCGAGAAUAUUCUCGAUAAAAUAAUAAAUGGCUCGUGGCAGCCAGGAUUCGUGCUUACUAGACGUAUAAUCAACGAACUCGUUUCGAAAGGGUACACGGAGAUUUUUGACGGCUCUUUUCGUAAUUUUCCUUUCGACAAAAUCAUCAAACCGAGACCUACGAGAUAACUCUGCGAGGGUUGUGUCACGAUUCUUUGUUUAAUUCUUUUGUAAAAUGUAAUUUUCGAGAGAUAAAGACGAUUGUGAUAUCGAAGUUGUAACUUUUUAAUUUUGGCUCGUUUAAUACGAAGAAUAGAAAUUUAUCUAAGUAGCUUCCAAAUUAUUUUCUUUCUGUUCUAUAUGUGCUCUAUACUGUUCUAUGUGUUGGUAAAAAUAGUUCAUUAUGCAGUUUACGUUAUCUAGUUUUAUUUUAAAACUACUUCGCGAUUUAUGACGCAUUUGAACUUUAGAUCGAAAAAAUUAUAUUUUACACGAGACUUUCAUAAAGAAUCAUACGUGUUUACAGAUUUCGAUAUAAUUUUAUCGAAGAAGCUGGUGAAUACUUUUGGGCAUCACUUGGUACUUCGUAUUUUUGGAUAUUUUGUAUUUUUGGUCGACACUUUGGUAUUUGCCAGAAAUAUUUCUUUAUCGUUUGAUUUUAUUUUAUACACGUUUUGUAAGAAGUAGGAAAGGGGGAAAAUGAUAAAACAUAAGUGAAAAAGAAGGAUACGAAUCUCAUGUGUGAGGCAAAAGAAAGAUAAUUACAAAUCAGCUAGAUUCUUUUUAAUUCGGAGAAUAUCGAUUACUUAUACAAGUGAGAUCGAUAAGAAGAGAUGUGUUUAUUAUGUAAAAAGCGAGAUUCUAAUUAGAAGACUGCAAAUUCUCUAAACUAAACGUGGAUUUUUUCAUUUUCUUGAAGAAAGUCUUCAUACAAAAUGAAUCACGAAUGACAUACUUAUACGUUCCGAUAAAAAACCAGGAUACGGAAAUUAUAGGUUUCCGUAAACGUUUGAUACGUAGAAAAUAGCGAUUUUAAGAGAAGUAGAAAGGGCUGAUUGAAUUUUUAAAAGCAAACACAAAUUUAUAGUUAUUUCCUGGUUGUCUCUUACGUAUUUUUAGUUACUCCACCUCCUGAUCUUUUGUCAGACAAUUUUGCAACAGAUAAUGCAAUUAAUUCUAGUUAUUCCUCUUUUUCAAGUGUUUCUAUUUUCUUCGCGGUCUAACGCAAAUAUUCAGACCUGUUAGUUUCAUACGAACGAGAAACUGAAUUUUCAUCUCUUUAUUGGCUAUUCAUCGAAUGAAAAAUCCCAUCGGUCGAUACAUCUAUUCUACUCGUAACUUCUAUUCUUCGAUCGUAUCUAUCGACAUGUCCAUUGAGUAAGACCACACAAUUGGCUUUUUACGAUAGCAAAUUACGAUUCAAGGAUUAUUCAAGAGCUUCUCGGAAAUCGCGAAUCUUCUCUUCUUCCGUUCGUACUAACGAACGUAACGAAGCGAACACGAGACUUUCUUCCUCUGUCAGGAUAGCUGUUCGCCUUGAGAGGCUGACGGUCUCUGACCUCGCAUUCUCAUGGUGCGUCGACUCUCAUCGGACACUGUCGAUAAUUUGCGUUAAAAGGAAGACAUUAGGUAACAGAGGUACCGACUUUGAAAAUGCCCCUGCGAAACGUCGUUGUCUCUUUUUGUAACGAAAAAUAAAUGGACCAUCUUGUACGGUUUCUAUCGAACGAUCUUCGUGGAUUAAAGUUGAAUCGUUCUUUAAUUCGACGAUAUGUUUGGAAUUGGAAAAACUUGACUUUUUAAAAAACGAAA